AUGCUCGCAGCACGUCCUACUCCACAAAAUCCUUUCGCAACCAGCUUGUUGCCCCUUGCAGUGGCGCAUGACUAUGUCAUGCACGCCGUUCUGGCCAUUAGCGGAUCCCACUAUGCCAGUUCUAAGCGCGACGAUUCCACUUAUCCUCUCGCCCAGGAGCAUUAUGCCGUUGCACUACGAUCAGCCAAGCAUCAGAUUACCAGGUUCUCGCGGGGAAUGUGUGAAGACCCGGCUGCCUUAGUUGCUCUACUAUUGAUGCUCUAUGGCAAUCUGCACGGAGCCGUGCUACAUCACUUGGAGGCUGCCGGAGAGAUCCUAGCCAGCCUCCCUUCCAACUUGAUCAGGUGUCCCGACUCUCCCUACAGAUUUCUGAUUGAGCUAUUCAUUUACCAUAAUUUUGUCUCAAGGAAUAUGCCAGCCGGCAUGAAGAUGCAGCCGCCAACAUCAGCGCUGCCUUCUCUUCUUGAGAUCGUCGAAUCUUCACAACAGCACCUUGACGGGUUCAUGUUUGGCUAUGCUUACGAACUGUACAAGCUAAUUCCACAGAUUCGCCAUCUCUACUUUGCACGCUAUCUUGAUGAUAGCCCUUAUCCAGCGCCUUUCGACGCCAUCCGUGUGAAGCUACAAAACUGGCGACCUGCAGAAAAUGCGGGCAGUGAAUGGUCCAGUACUUUACAAGUUGCGGCACAUAUUUACCAGCAAGCGCUAUUCAUUUAUCUCGCUUGCGCUGAGCAUGGCCCUAGAGAGGCGGAUCUGAAGCUCCUCUCUUCAGUCCGGCCACAUGUCGAUCAGGCCAUGGCUUUGAUAGAACUCCUGCCAAGCACCUGCCCAGAAUGGACGACUCUUUCGUGGCCGUUGUUGGUGGUUGGGUCGUGCCUACGUGAUCGUUCGCAGCAGGAGUCUUUAAUUCGCACUGGGAAGCGCUUGAUACAAGGCAUGUAUUGCGUGCCGAAGAUCAAUAAGGUCCUGCUGUGGGUAUGGGCAGAUGAUGCUGCCUAUGGGCCUUAUGGACUAGAGAAGGUUAUGCUGGAACGAAACGUAAAGCUCAGCAUCGGCUGA